UCUGUGUCUGCAGUGCUCGGUGAGCUGCGGUGUAGGUGAACAGACCAGAGAGGUCACCUGCGUCGGUUCAGGAGGAAUGAGGCUGGAGGAAGCCGCCUGCAGCGCUCUGCUCCGCCCGACUGCCGCCCGCCGCUGUGAGAUGGCGGCCUGCCUGAGACAGAUCAGCUGGCACGUUGGAGACUGGGGACUGUGCUCUAAGAGCUGUGGCUCCGGCUCACGAGAGCGACAGGUGAUCUGCUCAGACCAGGACAGGAACCUGUACCCUGUGAGGGAAUGUAACGCCAACCCCAAACCCGCCACAAUGGAGCGCUGCAACACCCAGUCCUGCUACAGCCCACAGGGUGAGCACACGCAACACGAGCUCCUAAAUUAG